AUGGCGCAGCAUUCUGGCCGUGACGCCGUGACCGACAAGGUGGUACUGGACCCAGACGUGUACUGCUCACUCGUUAAGUGCGCUUUCAACGGAGCGUUCCAGAGAAAAACUGAAAUGAACGAGCACUCGUUACUUUUCAAGCAGCUGGUCAACAACCUUGUCGACGCCCCAUCAGAAUCUUCCCAGCAUAAUCCGCCGGAGCCGAAAACAGGAGUCCUCAAUGGGAACCUGAAGGAGUCCAUAGACGCAAUAAAGGCCGAUUUCCUGGACCACUACUCGCUGCUGUAUAACCUCCAGGAAUACAGCAUCAAGGAGCGCCUCGAAAUUUUAGGCAGACAUGCCCCGGUGGAGAACACAGUGGCACAUGAGACGACACGAGCCACGAAGAUCCCGACAGGUGAAACGACCUACGCGCAGCGUGCCGCAGCGCCGGAGGAAGCCAUCAAGGAGGAGCCGUCAGUAUCCCAAGGCGUGCUUUCCAUGAUCGACUCGCUUAAGCACAAGUUUGAGACCCUCAACAAUCGCAUAGAAGCAUUGGACAACGAGAUAGAAGCCGAAGUUGGCGAUCCCAACCUCAGGGAGUGGGAGUACUCCAAGGAGUCCAUGCACCUCCGCGGCCACCACGACCUCGAGGGCGACGCGGAGCUCUGCAACCAUAUUAGAAAUCUGUACGCUUAUCUGAGCCAUCAGGCGAAGAUCAACGACCAGAAGAUUGAAGCUAUGCGAAACCGGCUCAUCACUCUUCAAGCACACGCCAAGAUACUGAGCAAGCGGCAACCGAAUGACACCAGGGUAGCAUUCUGA